AUGGAAGGCACAACUACCACUGACAAUGAGAUCUCCAUCAAUGAGAUGCUCAAGAGCUUCCUGACUGAUGAAGCUCUGAAUGAUAUGGCACUCAAAGGAACUGAUGGAGUAGAGGUGCCAGCAAACCGAUUUCUGUUGUCUGCUAGAAGUCAGGUAUUUAGAGGAAUGCUGCUUGGCAAAUUCCAGGAGGCAUCCUUGACUGUUGUAGAGGUUGGAUUCAAAGGAGGCACCUUGAAAGCUGUUUUGGAGUAUAUCCAUACAGAUUCUGUAGAGAUGCUAAGUUGCAAGAAACGCAAGAGCCCAAACCGGAAAUCUGUUGAUUUUCCUCUUAUCCAGUCCCUUGUUUCAUUGGCUGAGGCAGCAUCAUACUUCCAGCUUCCGAACUUGGCAAAACUAGUCUUGAAGCAAUUUGAGCAAAUGUGUGAGGCAGCGCCAGGCUUGUCAUUUGCUAUCCUGCAGGCUUGCAAAGUGGCCGGACCUUCCAUUGCAGAUAAAAUUCUUGCCCAAGUUCGCCUCACUCCAUUCGGAUCAAUCACUAAGGAGCAGGUCAAUUGCUUGAGUGCUGAUGUUUUGGAAGAUAUUCUCAAAGACAAAAAGAUGCCAAUGACAGAAUACCAGCUGUUUCAAAUCAAGAAGAGUGAAAAGCAUGAUUGCAAAAGAGCUUUCCCAGCAUAUCUCUUUUGA